AGAACAACACCAACAGCAUUAGACUUGUCAGGCCUUUCCCGCCUCAAAGUUAACUUUGAAUGGUGUCACUUUAGAUAUGUUUAAAAGGGUGUUCAGCCGUUUAAUGGGGAUUUUAUGACUCGUUCUUAGGGUGUUCUAGGGGUUUUCAGCCUGCUCUCAGUCUUUUAGAACCGACGUUGAUCUGAUCGGGUUUACCGCCUGUUUCGUUCCGCAAAAUGGCGUCGUUGGGAAGAAGCAAGGCCAACAAGACAAUCGUGAUUACAGGGGUGACAGCCGGUCUUGGACUGGCAAUGUGUGAGUAUUUUGUCGAAAGAUCCCACAUUGUUAUUGGCUGUAGCAGAAGAGCUGACAAAAUCGAUGAAAUGAAUAACAAAUUCUCCAAAGACAAGGGUAAAUUUUUUUGCGUUGAUGUCAGCUCAGACGAAGAGGUUGAAGAAUGGGCAAAAACCGUGAUCCAACAAUUCGGUUCACCAGACCUCCUUAUCAACAAUGCAGGAAUUAUAAAUAGGAAUGAAAGAUUGUGGAAUAUUUCAGCUGAAGAAUUCGAUAAAGUGAUUGAUGUUAAUAUCAAAGGAACUGCAAAUUGUAUACGCCACUUUGUUCCAAGCAUGGUGGAAGCACAGAAAGGUGUCAUUGUUAAUUUUUCGUCUACAUGGGGAAAAACAGUAUCUGGUGAAGUCGCCCCCUAUUGUUGCACAAAAUGGGGUAUCGAGGGUUUAUCCAAAGCACUGGCUCUGGAACUGCCGGCUCCCAUGGCUUGUGUUCCUUUGAACCCUGGAGUUAUUAACACUGAAAUGCUACAAACAACUUUUGGAAGUAGUGCAAAGUACCACAUGACCCCUAAAACAUGGGCCAAAAGUGCUGGAGACCUGAUACUGAGCAUUGACAGAAGUUUCAAUGGAAAGAGCCUUGAUGUGUGACAAAUUCUUAAUUCAGAUCUGAAACAAGUGUGCAUGAUUUGAUGUAGUUUAAUGAGACCUAGACAGAAUAGUUUUGAUGGGGUACAUUUUUUAAUGUGUCACUCAAUUUUUUUACCAUAAACCGUAUUCAAGACUAUUUAUCUAUGUAUGUAGCAAUUAUUAUAAAUUAAAUGUUCACUAUGGUUCAGUUUACUUUAAAUAAUCUAAAUUUAAAUACAUAAAUUAUUACUAUAUAGCAUACAUUUGGCAUGUCUUUGGUACUAAUAGAAUUGUCUCUUUUUACAAAGCAACAUCUUUCUUUGGCCUACCUCUUCCAACUGGAACUACUGUCACUGUUUUGCAUUUACUUUAGGCUGAAAUAUGCUAUGCAUUCAAUUUAAUUUGAUUAAACGAAACAUCAAAAAUUGCACAGUGUAAACACUGGAUUGAAUGUCUUAAUGGCUGUUUUGACAAAGUGAAACUUUUUUAAAAAUUUGGAUGUGUUCAACUUUCACCCAAUUUUUUUUAUUGUAUUCUUUAAUCCUCCUUGGCACCUAUUUCUUUAUUGACCUGCACUGCACUUCAAGAGCUUCAUUCUACCAGCCAGGUUUUUUUUAUCACACUAUAUUCUGAAAUUCUUAUAAAUGACUGGAAAGAGUCAAAGAAUUAAAAAUACCAAGGAGUUUAUUAAUUUCUGUGGAGAGAUGAAAGCUUUCUUUUGGACACAAGAUCGCCUCUGUAUCGCAAUAGAGAUGCUCAAGAAAAAAAAAAUUAACCAACCUUCCAGAGAAGCUUUCAUUACAGGUAUGCACAUAUAUCUAGCUUUUUCGAUAGUUUUUUCCAAGUACGAUGACUCGUAGAAACGUGUUUAAUAGGGAAUGAUCUACAUAUUUUUGAUUGAAAGUAUUCAAAUAUUCAUGGUAGGCCCAUGUAUCAUUUUCAUAUUUUUGAGACCAAAAAGCCUAAAAUUGUGCAUCCCCUAAAGCUUCAAUUUUUAAAUCAUCGCAGAUAACAAAAUUAUCUCAAAUUAACUCAUAGUGGAAACCAAGCUUAAGAGCACAUCAAAAUCUUUGCAAGACAUUAUCAAGAACCUCUGAUAUUUGUCACCUUCUUCCAAAAAAAAUUCUUGCAAAAGCAUGUUAUCAACUCCCAGCUCAUUUCUUUGGCUGAAUGAGCUGGGAGCGAUUGCAAUCACAGCGGGAGCAGCAACACAUUCUUCAUUGGACUCCAAAUGAGGGAGUGCUUUAAAAAGUGUUUCGAUUUAGUGAGUGAGUGUCAAUGGAGACAUUCUUUCAUUUAAAUGAACUAUUUGUUUUAUAGAAUUCAAUUAAAUGCAUAGCAUAUUUUAGCCUUUACACUAGCCCUCUCAACUAUUCUCUCAAUGUGUUGAAACCAGCAAAUUUGUCUAUUCUGCACCCAUGUCCUAAUUCUUAUUAGAUUUAUUCUACAUCUAAGUUCAUCAGAUGUAUGUCUGUCUUUUAGGCUUCUUCACAGUACACAACCGCAGCCCUCACUGUUUUGGUUUUGCUACUUUACAUCAUACCAUGCAUACAUGGAAGAUAGACUCCAUACUUGGCCAACAAUGGUAUCAGCUUGCUGGUUAGUAAUGGUAAAAGCUCCCUAAACUUGCUCCAUCCACUUCUAACAUUUGCUAUUACCAGUGGCAUAGAUACAGGAGGGGGAGGGGGGUGUCAGAGGGCCAAACCCCUCCUUUAAGGCAAAAUUGCCAUUUGUUGGAAAAUUUCUAAUCUUGUCAGAAAAAAAAUUAUCAUUGUUUUUUGUUCCUUGUAUCAAAUUGUUACAUUUUGGAAAUGAAUAUGACAAUUUAUCUGAUUGAAUUAGUGAGAUGAAAUGAUUUCUUCCAGUUAGGUAUUGCAUUUACAUCUUUCUUCAUGAUAAUAAGAAUUGCAAAUAACAAGAGCCUUAAAAUUGAUCAAAAGUUAAGAACAAGUUAACCAAAGUACAGUAAAGUUAUGAAAUCCCCUUAAACUGUUGCCAAAAUUGAUUUUUUGAGUUCUUUCCAAACACCUCAUUUAAAGAGGAGACUAUCAGAUUAUUUUUGCAGUAUGAUUGUUGUAACAUGACUUUCUAUGGAUGACAAGAGUUUGUUUCCUGGCAUAGUUCAGUUCUAUUGGCCUGAUGUUAUGUUUGAAAUAAUGAGAAAAUGUUAGCUAUUCUAGAUAUUUGUCAGAAUAUCAAUACUUCUAGGCCCCGCCCAUGGACUUCCUUUUUACGCCCCUGGCUAUAUACACUAUCACCAGCACCUCUUGCAAUGAUAUCACAAGGAUAGUAAAAUUUCUGAACUCUGUCAAUAUGAACUCUGUAAUCCAAAUAUACUCUGUCAAUUUGAAAAUUGCCAACUGUCUUAUUCGCUGGGUGCCUCUCGCCAAUAAACUUGUUGUUAUAUUUUAGCUUUCAUGCAAUCUCAACCUAGAUAACCCCUGACAAGAUGAAGUAAGCAAAUAUAAUCUUACUGUUUGUAUAGUAUUUUUAGGUGCUCAUUUAUCAAUUUCUUUAUGUAUUAUUUUUUAACCAUUGGUCUUGUUAUUGGCACAGAUAGUCUUCUCAAAUUGUUUAGGGAGAAAUUUGAGAUACAAGCUUAGCUGAAUUAAAAUGAACUGAACUGACUUUUAUAAUACAAUGAAUUAUUAAGACAAUAAUAUUUAUCACUUGAGGGCAUAUGA